CACAACUAUUUUGAAAUAUAACAAUUAUACAAUAUAUUAAAAUGCUUGGGUACCCAUGUUUACGUCAGUACAGAUUAUUUCACCGAACAUUUCGACUGUAUCGUCAGUGCGUACCGAAAGCAACAGCAUACAAGUUAAAAAAACUCACAAAACUAAAUCUAUUAACAGGAGUUCAAAUUUGUUGUAUGGCUACAACUGUAAUGGAUAAAAAACUUGAAACAAUUAAUCUAGAAGAAGAUAUUAGUACAGCUUUACAAGAAGGGGAUGCAGCAAUAAUUAAACUGAUGAAUCAAUUGAAAGAUUUCGUCAUAGUUGUUAGCGAAGAAUAUAGAAAAUGUCUUUUAAAACAAAUAGAAAUUAUACAAAGAGCUACAGAAGGAGGACCCCUUUCAGAGAAAUGGGAUGAAUUACCUCAAUAUCGUGCUUUGGCUAGUGAAUUACUUAACGAAUUAACAGAAUACCGUAAAAUGAUUAAUAUUCUUGAUUCUUUAGCUAGAGAUCGGUCUAGCGUUACAGUAGCUACUAAUAAUAUUUUUGGUCAAUUUGUGGAAAUACAGGAAUUUAUACAGAGAGAAGUGGAUCAAAAUAAGAAAAUUGAAAAAGAGCUCCUAAAAUUGCUAACAGAAUCUAUUAUCAAUGAAGUUACGGAAGCAGAUGCUUAGAUGUUAUUUUUUUUAUUUAAAAUACAAAACAUUUUUCUGGAA